AUGCGCUCCCUCACCUGGCUCUCAACUUUCCUCCUUCCCACCGUCCUUAGCCAAACCGUCAUCCCACCCAGCACCUGGAAUUAUACCUAUCCAUGGACCGUCCACCACUACCCACUCACUACCCAGCUCCUGAAUCUUUCAAUGGCAUACAUGGACAUCCAACCUAGCUCAGCCCCGAUUUCCACCAUCGUCCUCCUCCACGGCAAAAAUUUCUGCGGCGCAACCUGGGAAGACACCGCGCGCCGUCUGCUUGCGCACAACUACCGCGUCGUCAUCCCCGACCAGAUCGGCUUCUGCAAGUCCUCCAAGCCGCCCCACUAUCAGUUCUCGCUGCAGCAGCUAGCCUCAAAUACGAAAUCCCUGCUCGACGCGCUGGAAAUCCCGCAGGCCAAGAUCCUGGGCCACAGUAUGGGCGGCAUGCUAGCGACGCGAUUCGCGCUCAUGUACCCCAACACAACCUCCCACCUCAUCCUGACGAAUCCUAUCGGGCUGGAGGACUGGAAGGCGCUGGGUGUGCCGUGGCGCGCGAUUGAUCUUUUGUACGCGGACGAGCUGAAGACGAAUUAUACAAGUGUGAGGAAGUACCAGCAGGCGACGUACUACGUCAAUACGUGGAAGGAUGAGUACGAUGUCUGGGUCAAUAUGCUGGUUUCGCUGUAUCGCUCUGGAGAAGAGGGGAUGGCGUUUGCGUAUGAUAUGGCGCUUACGACGGACGCGGUGCUGACGCAGCCGGUCGUGUAUGAAUUUGGGCUUGUGAAGGCGAAGACUCUGCUGUUGAUCGGGACGAAAGACAACACUGCUAUAGGCAAGGCGUGGAGUCCGCCAGAGGUGCAGGCGAAGCUGGGGCACUACUCGGUCCUGGGAAAGGAAACUGCGGGCAAGAUACCAGGGGCAGAUUUGGUCGAGUUUGAGGACUUGGGACAUGCGCCGCAGAUCCAGGAGAGUGAGAGGUAUCAUGCGGCGCUUUUUGAGUGGUUGGAUAGAGUAGGUUGA